AAAGAGUGGCUUGGAAACUAGUUGGGCUUUUCAGCGGAUUGAGGGGAGGCAUGUUGAGAGUGACUGGAGCAUGGUUAUUAGCAAUGGGGAAGGCAGAGAGUGAGAUGUAAGAAAGUGGAAGAGUGAGACUGACAAAGUAGUGUAGCAUGUGGGAUUGAGUGAAUGGAAGAAUAAGAUGGAACAAAAGAAUAGGUACUUUGGAGUGGUACAGAAAGAAAGAGGCCCCAAUGUAUGAAAAGUGGUACGAGGGAAGCCCUGGGUGGUGACCUCUUCCGAGCAGGGCACAGUGUAUGGAUGUGAAUGCAAGGAAUUACAGGUGGUCUGAGUCCCGCAGCAAGGUGUGCCAGAUAUGUGACAUGGGAGAGGAUGAGACGUUGGAACAUGUGGUGCUGGAGUGUGUGAAGUAUGCCAGAGACAGGAAUGAAAUGAUGCAAGUGGUGCUGAGGGAAUGCCAGAUUGGAGAUGACAGGAAGGGAAUGGAUGGUGUUGCUGCUGGGAAUGUGUGGAGACACGAAUGAUAGGAUGAUUGAAGCCAUGAAGGAAUGCCUGGAGAAAAUGUGGCGUGCUAGAUGUGUGAAUCAAUAACGUGAAUUUUGGUGAUUGUUUUCUGUUUGUCGUUUUUUCUCUUUUUCCUUACAGAAGUGGCCGUUACAAAGGCCUGAGUCUGGAGCAGUCCCGAGUCAUCUGUAACAUCAAGAUCAAGUUCAAGAUCAAUGGUUUGAACCUGAAAUUAUAUAAGAUUAUUUCAUGUGUGAUUAAAUGUAAUCCAUUCUUCACAUACCAUUUGCAAGAAUAUGCAAUAUUUCAUAAAACUAAAGCAUUGCAAAGCAGAAGUAGCGCACAGUCAAAUAAAGCGAGUUGGCAACUUGACCGCCCCGCCCCAUCCCGCCGCGCCAAGACAACACACCAAUUUGUUUUGAAGGCGGUGAGAUACGAAUGAGUUUACUGCGACUGGUUUAGACAGAAAAAAAUGACAUCAAGGAGGAAGUCUGAGACGCCAAGAUCGUCAAGAUCCUCCUUGAGGCUACGUAAUAUUUCUGCAUCUCAAGGAAGCGCUCACACCACAAAAGAGGAAACUCCCAAACAAGUGGAAAAGACAGCAACAGAAAACCAGACACCAGCACAACAAACUUCAAGAUAUGGAAGAAUUAAAUCUACUCUGAAAUCAUCAAGAAUAAAGAGCAUGAUUGUUAAGACACCUAGUAAAACUAGACAAGCCACAUCCUACAGGACACCUAGGCUGAAGACUGUCCCAUGGCUUAGAGUUUCAGGCCAGACUUCUGCAAAGAAGAGAGAUGCAAAAAUGUGGAGUGAGGAUCUUAAUGGACUUAUGAGGAGAUCCUUGAAGUUGUGUAACCUUAGUUCCAUGACUAAUUUCAAGUUUAAAGAUGAGAAACUAAGAGCACAAUACCAGAAAGCUCUGAAAAGUAAAGUGUUGGAUGCAUACCCAAGCCCACUGGUGAAAGUUAAACUCAACGUUACCUCCUGCCUCUCUUGGCAGUCAUCUAUUGUUGAUGCUGUAUGGCUGGAGGUGUCAUCUCUAAUUCCAGGGGAAACUGAAGCUGAGGAUAAAAUGGUGGUUGUUUACAGUGCAUGGGUCAUCCAUACAAAACAUAUUCAGAGCUCCAACUUGAAAAAUGUGAACUGGUUACCUCUCAUGCUGUAUACAGGUCGAGAGUUAAUACAUCAGGUGGUGGUAAACUGGCUGCAAGGGUCCUUUGGGUGCUAUGUGGCUCGAAGUGGAAUGCCACAGAACAAUCUCCUGUGGUUGACAGGAAUUUGCACCAGAAUGAGAUGUCGCAACUCGGCUCAUAACAUAGAAGAUGCAAAAAUAAGUUUCAACUACUUGAUUGUUCCUCCUUGUGGUAUGAGCAGCUUCUCUUUACCAAAUAACAAAGGCAAACCAAGAGUCACAAUCACCCUUUCACUUAAGGAUGUCGUAGAAGUAUGGAACCGGUUCCUGGACAAGGACAGAAAUGAAAUAAGCUUGGAAGACCUGCAAAAUGUCAUAUCAACCAUAGACAGUGUAACAUCAAGUACUUUUGGCAUACCUUCAUCACUCCUGAGACUACAACAAGUGCGCACUCCUUGCAUUGUUCUCAAUAACAAUGGAAAGGUGCGACUGAUGUGUCGGCACAGCAUGGCACUGAUGAUUCAUUGUUUCAUGGAUGUCUUCAUGCAGAUGUGCACUUCUUAUAACCGUGACGAUUGGAUGCAGGAUUUAGAAGAAGACACCAUUGCUGAGUUGAAUAAUAACUUGGAAUGAAACUAUGCAGUUGGCAUUUUGUUUGCAGUUCAUUUAUACAAUUUUCAGUUAUAGUUGUAAUACCAGCAUCUCAUGAAUUCUGCAUUUGUAUUUUUAUGGAAAACUGGCACAGAAUUUUUCUUGUGUAGCGGCAGGUUUCACCUGAAUGGAACCUGCUUUCACUAAUAGUUACAUUGUAUGAGACCAUAGCAAGCCAUUAAAUCACAAAUAUUGUAUCUUAACUUGUGAUAAAUAACUUUAUGUUUUCAUGAAGUAUCAUCAGUAUUGUAAUCAUGAGAACGAUUGACUGGUGCAGCUGCAUAGUACACGGAACAACUAAAAGACAAACAGGAACAGGACUCAUUGCUUCUGAUUGUCUUUCCCAUCAAGGAAGGUUGCAUUAUAUUUUAGAGUUGUUUGUGAUAUGUAUACAGUAUAUUAUAGAAUAGGGAAUCACCAGUAAUAGAAAGAUGGAUCUAUGAGAGUACUUAUUUUCUCUCUCUCUCUCUCUCUCUCUCUCUCUCUCUCUCUCUCUCUCUCUCUCUCUCUCUCUCUCUCUCUCUCUCUCUCUCUCUCUCUCUCUCUCUCUCUCUCUCUCUCUCUUCAUUGGUUUUGAACAAAGAUAAGUGGUAAUGCAAAACUUACAAAAUUAGAUGCAAAUUUUUGAGAAUGAGGUUUUAAAGUCAAUGAGGAACUUGUGCAUUGUAGAUCUUGAAUAGCUUGAAACUAUGGUAUUAUAAUGAUUGCAAUUUUUGCAAAUAGAUGAGUAACUGUUUAUAAUGACUUUACAUUAAUGCAUAUAUUUGUCUAUAUAUUUUGAUAAUAAAACACCACAUAUUUGUACAAUCAUCAUUCAUACUGUUAUCCCUGUUGGCCCCUGGUGGUAAGGGAUAAUCUUGUGGACCACUGUACUACAUCCAAAGUCAUGCAUAGCACAGCUGACCAUGAUCACAUUUUUACAACAAGGCCUGACAGCUUAAACUGGUUAUAUAACCUUUAACCAUUCAUAAUUAGACCAUUUUUAACGCAGCAUUUACUCCAAUCCUGAGACUACAGCAGAUGCAGUGUAGUACUUUUUAGUACUUCACCAUGAUUAGAUCCCUAUAUCAAUGUGCACUGCUAGUUUAGAUGAGAAAUUUUUACUACUUUUACUCAUUAAAAUAUACUUAGCUUUGUUAUGGAAUGCAUUUCCAUAAUUUAUCUCUCUCUCUCUCUCUCUCUCUCUCUCUCUCUCUCUCUCUCUCUCUCUCUCUCUCUCUCUCUCUCUCUCUCUCUCUCUCUCUCUUAUAAUGAGAAUACUUUCAUCGAUGAUAGAAACCACAAGAAGCAAUGCAUUAGUUAUAUAGGAUGAAUAGUUCAUAUCUUUAACUGCCACUCAUUAUGUUUACUUCAGAUAAUUAUUUUGAAAAAGUAGCAAAUAAGUAUGGUAAAUGUGUAUUGAUUCUUUAUAGUUUAUAUAUAAGAAAGCUUUUGACCAGGUCAAUCAUGAAGACUUACUCAAUAUCUUAAAAAAAUACAAGAGUAAUUGGGAAAAAAAAUUAUGAAUUAUACACAAAUUAGACUGAAAUAUGAAAGCAACAGUAAGAGUGGUAGCAGACCAAUGUAACUAGAUUGAAGUAAAAUGGGUAUAAUAGGUGCAUUCCUCUUGAUCUUUUCUCUAUUUAAAGUGAGAUGAUAAUUAGGAAAUGGUAACUGAAAGAAAGGAAGGAUAAAUUUAAUAUUGGAGGAGAAAUAAUAAAUAAUAUGAAAUAAGCAAA